CGCCCGCCGCCCGGCUCCCCGCGCCCGCCGCCCGCGCCCGCCGGCGCCCGGCCCGCCGCCCGCGCCCCAUGGCGGCUCCGGAGUGGGACUGGUUCCAGCGCGAGGAGCUCAUCGGGCAGAUCAGCGACAUCCGCGUCCAGAACCUGCAGGAGGAGAGGGAGAAUGUGCAGAAGAGGACCUUCACUCGGUGGAUAAACCUCCAUCUGGAGAAGUGCGACCCUCCUCUGGAAGUUAAAGAUUUAUUCAUUGACAUACAAGACGGCAGAAUCCUAAUGGCGCUGUUAGAAGUCCUGUCCGGGCGAAACCUGCUCCACGAGUACAAAUCCUCGUCCCACCGCAUCUUUCGGUUGAACAACAUAGCGAAAGCACUUAAGUUUUUGGAAGAUAGCAACGUAAAACUGGUUAGCAUCGACGCGGCAGAAAUAGCGGACGGCAACCCCUCCUUGGUUCUUGGGCUGAUAUGGAACAUAAUCCUCUUCUUCCAGAUUAAGGAGCUCACGGGCAACCUCAGCAGAAACUCGCCACCGUCCAGCCUGUCGCCGGGCUCCGGGGGCACAGACUCCGACUCCUCGUUCCCACCCACGCCCACGGCCGAGAGGAGCGCGGCGCUGUCCGUGAAAGACCAGAGGAAGGCCAUCCGGACCCUGCUGGCGUGGGUGCAGCGGAAAACGCGCAAGUACGGCGUGGCGGUGCAGGACUUCGCGGGCAGCUGGAGGAGUGGGCUGGCGUUCCUGGCUGUGAUCAAGGCCAUCGACCCCAGCCUGGUGGACAUGAAGGCGGCCCUGGAGGACUCCAUGCCGGAGAAUCUGGAGAAGGCUUUCCGCAUCGCGCACGACGCCCUUCACAUCCCCAGGCUCCUGGAGCCGGAAGACAUCAUGGUUGACACGCCGGACGAGCAGUCUAUCGUGACUUACGUGGCACAGUUUCUAGAACAUUUCCCGGAGCUGGAAGCCGAGGAUUUUGUGGACCCAGAUAAAGACGCCCCGAUCGAGUCCACCUUCGUCCGCAUUAAAGAAACGCCCUCGGAGCAGGAGAGCACCGUCUUCUAUGUGACUGACGACGGGGAGCGGGCCUACACCGUCAACCACGACACCAGCCACCCGCCCCCCUCCAAGGUCUUCGUCUGCGACAAGCCCGCGUGCGGGAAGAACUCCCGCCCGGGUGGCGCUUCUGGCCCCACGCCGGCAAACAGCCCCCCCGAGGUCACACAGCAGGGCACGGACUGGGACACCCUCGGGGCCGCCGGCAGGACCUGCAGCCUCAGCGAGCCGCCUCCAGAAUUUUCCAUCUUAUCCAGAAAGGACAACCAGAGGUCCAGCUCCCUGCCGGUCAAGAAAACGGUGCACUUUGAAGCGGACGUCUACAAGGACGCCUCCUGCAGCAAGGACCCCGUCCACGGCCAAGACUGCGGCUUCGAAGGCGGCCCGCGGGGGACCAAGGACUUGUGGAAGCAGGAUGGGCACGGCCCGGAGGUCGCCCAGGAAAGGCCGGAGGCAGCCCCGGACCAGGCCCCGGGCGAUGAUUGCCCGGCGGACCGUCAGACCGGCCCUUCUCAGACCCCCCAGGGCUCUGCCCCCCGGAACAGGGCCUCGGAGCGGCCGGCCAGCCCGGGCGAGGAGGGCUGCCCCCGGGCGCGCCUCGGAGAGGAGACCGUGUUGGCCGAUUCCUCGGAGAUCAAGGUGACGCUGCAGACCGGAGAGGCCACGGACGAGGUAGACGAUUUCGAAGGCAUACCCCUGAAAGCCUCUAAAUUUAACAGUGACCUCGUCGAUUUUGCCUCCACCAGCCAGGCUUUCGGCGAGGACCCCCCGCCCGCGGAGGACGGGCCCGCGGAGGCGGAGGCUGCGGAGGAGCAGGCCGAGAACCGGGGGAACGGGAGAAGCACGUCCGCCCCCAGGAUGGAAGGUGCGGACGAGCCCCCGGGGCAGCCCGGACACGAAGACCACAGCCGUGUGGUGGCCCCAGAGGAGGAGCCGGGGGGCAGGAAGCCAGAGGUGUAUGAAAAGGCGAAGUGCAAGUCCCCACGGCCCCCGCGCGGGGAGGAGGAGGCGGAGGCCGAGGACCCCCCCGCGUUUGUGGGGGACUUGCCCUCCAACCCGCCCAGCAGCCAAGUGAGCCUGGAGACCCUGGGCAGCCACAGCGAGGAAGGCCUGGACUUCAGGCCCUCCCCGCCCCUCUCCAAGGUCUCCGUCAUCCCGCACGACCUCUUCUACUACCCACACUACGAGGUGCCCCUGGCCGCCGUCCUGGAGGCGUACGCGGAAGGCCAGGAGGAUUUCAAAGCCGAAGACGCGGACUUUGAGGACCCGGAGGACUACCUGUCUGACCUGGAGCAAAGGGAGGACGAGGACGAGCCCGAGGCCUCCGAGAGCAGCGGCAGCUUCGGGGGCCUGGGCGAGGACCUCCCCCGGCCCCCCACCCAGGAGCCCGACAGGGACCAGGGAGCACAGGGGGCCAAGCCAGCCUCGGGCCCUCCCCCCGCCCUGGCCCCAGAGGACCACCAGCAGAGGGAGGCCACAGCCCGCGCCCCUGGGGCGAGCCAGCAGUCCCAGGAAUCCCCAAACUCAGAAAACUUAAGAAACGCUUUAGAAGAAAAAGUGAUGGAAGAAUCGGUCAGCAGCAAAAAAAAGGAAAAAAAGAAGCAUGUGGACGACGUAGAAAGUUCAAUAUUGCUCACCCCCGGGGCUGUGCGGUCCUCCGACGAGCUGGACGAAGACCCUGGCUUCCACAGAGUCCCUUCCAGGACUAGCCACAGCGACUCCAGCAUUUACAUUCGACGACAUACUAACAGGUCUUUGGAAUCGGAUCACUCUAGCUAUGUUCAGUUGAGGAAUGCAGCCGAUCUGGAUGACAGAAGAAACCGAAUGUUAACCAGGUACAAUACUCAGAGGCUCACUGAGCUGAUUUUACAGUUUUAUGGCGUCAGAGCAGACAUGAAGAGGGAGUGCAAACAUGCCAGGAUGUCCAUGAAAGCCAACCACUCGGGUGAAGCCUCACUGCGGGAGAGCCAGAGCCCGCACAGCGACUCCCUGACGCAGUUCGUCCAGCAGCCGGACAUGAUGUACUUCAUCCUGUUCCUCUGGCUGCUGGUGUACUGCCUGCUGCUCUUCCCCCAGCUCGACGUCAACAGACUCUGAGCGCGUCCGCGCAAUAAAGAGACCGGACCGGC